AAAGCAGAAGAGAUUUUGCUCUGGCUUUAUUUUCAAUUGGACAAAUCGCAACGUAAACAGCCGGAAAAUGUCGCGACAAGCCUCCCGACUGGACGCCAAGAAAGUGAACUCGGAGUUCCUGACACUCACCUACGGGGCACUGGUCACCCAGAUGCUGCGCGACUUCGAGAACGUCGAGGAUGUGAACAAGCAGCUGGAGCGGAUCGGCUACAACAUGGGCAUGCGCCUGAUCGAGGACUUUCUCGCCCGCACCUCGGCGCCCCGAUGCCUGGAGAUGCGUGAGACGGCCGAUCGCGUCCAGCAGGCGUUUCGCAUCUACCUGAACAUCCAGCCAACCAUCUCGAACUGGUCGCCGGCCUCCGAUGAGUUCUCGCUGCUCUUCGACAGCAAUCCGCUGACGGAGUUCGUCGAGCUGCCGCCGGAUCUGACCAAUCUGCGCUAUAGCGCCAUACUCAGCGGAUGCAUACGCGGCGCCCUGGAGAUGGUACAGCUGGAGGUGCAGUGCUGGUUCGUGCAGGAUCAACUGAAGGGCGACAAUGUGACGGAGCUGCGCGUUAAGUUCGUGCGGCGUCUAGAGGAGGUCAUACCAGCUGGCGAGGAUUAGAAAACAAGUGUGGAUCAGUGGAUCGGAGCGUGUAAUAUGAGCUUUUGUUUUUUUGUUUUUCAAUUAUUUUUCGGGGGAUGUCAAUAAAAGCACAUUCUGUAGAAUUUAAGAGUCUACAAUUCGGGUUCAAAUCAACUGCAGCAGUCCCAGGCACAUUCCGGAGCAAAAGCGGCGGCAAAAAGGAGCCACAGCAGCGGCAGGAGCAGGAGCAGGAUCAACAGCAAACAAGGAGUAGCAGAAGCUAGAGCGGUAGCAGCAAUAAGAAUCGUUUUCAACACGUUUAGUUUUAUGUUUUAUUCGACCUUUAUACAAAUGAUUCCAUUUCUUUCGAUAUUAUAUAAGAAAAACAGUAGGGAAUAUGUACAUCUGUUCAUAUUUGGCAUGAUUAUUAUAAAGCGUCAUCAUAAACUGUUAUAUAUUUUAUACAAUUUAACAAUUUGAAGAACCCCUCUCAUACACAUUACUUCCCUAAAGGCUUGGCUAAAUAAUAAUUGUUAGUUUAAGAUAAACGCAAUAAUAUUUAACAUGUUAAAUAUUAAAAAAAGAUAAAGUACAAAAAAACGGAAAAGAGCUUUCCAUUCCAGAA